CAAGACUCCAUCGUUUUCCCCCAAACGUCGCCGCCAUGUCCUCUUCACCAAAAGACACAGCCGAGGCCACUGAGCCUCUGAAGUCGAGCGACGCCGAUACCCAACCUUGGAACGACGACAAACGCCGGAAGUUCGAAACGAAAUCGAAGAGCGAGUUCUACGAUCCAUGCCAAGAGGCUGCGCAACGGAGCUAUAGAUGCUUGUUCAGGAACGGAGGCGAUAAGAAUAUGUGUGGAGAGUAUUUCCAGGCAUAUCGCGAUUGCAAACAAGCAUGGACCGACAAACGGAAAAAGGAAGGCCGCGGCUGGUUCUAAUGGGCUAAUUCGCUCUCAACAGCCUGCGUUGACUUGCUAUAUCCAGCCUGGCUCAGCAUCAUGACUGACGACAGAGGUAUCAUUGUAACAUUAAGGGGAGUUUAUAUACUGUACAAUACGGAAGCGCGGUGCAACAUUCUGCUAUCUUUCUUAAACGAAAA